CUCUGCAUCCCGACGGUCGCCGAGGAGCUGGUAGAAUUCCUUCCAGCCUCCAGGAUGGCUUUCCAGUUCCGUUCAAUUUUCCCCUUGGCAUUGCCUGGAAUGCUGGCACUCCUCGGCUGGUGGUGGUUUUUCUCUCGGAAAAAAGAGCCUGUCAGCAGCCACAACAAACAGGUGGAGGCCAGCAGGGUGGAGCUGAGGGCUGACUCUGCCCCCAAGGAACCACCCCCCAUGGAGGACGCCUGUCCUGAAGUAGCAUCCACGCCCCCCAGCGUCACGCAGCCUCCGGAAAAGGAGUCCACCGUGAGCAAGCGGGUGCAUCCGGCCCGUCGGAGGUCAGAGUCCUCGGGCAGCCUUCCGAACACCAUGGACACGCGAUUUCGACCAGGAACAUGCAAAGAGGACAGUGCAGGGGUGGAACUAGCCCUGACGGGCGGCGAACCCACAUCCCUUCCUCUCGAGUGUCCCCUGCCAUCCCCGAAGGGCGUUCCGUUCCCCCACGAAGCAGUUGAAGUGUGUAAGCAAGAGGCAGGGCUGGGCAGGACAGCGGGCUGGGGGUGGCAGGGCCAGUCUGCAGCCCCUGCGGAGAAGCAGAGCCCUGGGGAGAAGGCCAGGGAGACGGGCAGGCCUGAAGGCACCGGAGAUGCAGUGCUGGGAGAGAAUGUGCUGGAAGAAGGGAUGUUGUCCCAAGAGCAGGGCCCUGAGCUGCAGAGCAGCAGGGCACCCAGCCUGGCUCCCUUGGGAGGAGGGGGCGAGAAGGGGAGGAGCAGCCCGCCUGCGGUGGACGAGGACGCGGUAGGGAAGUUGUGGAGUAGCUUCGUGGAGUCGGCCCACACGGAGCUGGAGACGCCGACACCCCGGGUCAGAGGGGGCAGAGCCUGGGAUGGGGACUUAACCCGGGAACUGGGCAAAGAGGAGACCUUGGACAGAAAUGAGAAGAUCGAGCAGGCUGCCUUCCAGAUCAUCUCCAAAGUGAUCUUGGAGGCUACGGAAGAGGUGCUGGCCACCACGAUGGGCAGGAUUGCAGGUCGGAUGUAUCAGGCCUCGGCUGGUCAGCUCCAAGGGCAGAAGGAGGAGGGCUGUUCCCCAGCCAGCCAGGAAACUGCCCCGGGCCACGGUGCUGCUGAGGCGGCGGAGUCCGCUGAGGCCGCGGAGUCAGCUGCAGCCACGUCGGAGGCAAUCGGGGCCCCUGUGGAGGCUGCCGUCCCCUCUACAGACCCACCAGCAGAGGAUCUGCCACCACCAAAGACCUACGUGAGCUGCCUGACCAGCCCUCUGUCCAGCCCCACCAAGGACAGGAAGCCAAAGAACUCCGCACACCCCAUCUCCCUGGCACCCUGCCCUCCACCAGCCGCCCCCCUCGGGGAGUCAUUGGGCGAGGCAGGUGACCUGGCAGGAGAGGCCGCCUGUGUCACCUGCGUGUCCAACAACAGCCAGGGUGUCGCCUCAGUAGCCUCCUCUGGGCAGUGCUCAGAUUCUGUCAGCACAUCAGGGCUCGAAGACUCUUGUACAGAGGCCACCUCCAGCCCCAGGGACAAGGCCACCACCCCGCCGCUGCCAGAAAGUACUGUGCCCUUCAGCAACGGGGUACUGAAGGGGGAGCUGUCGGACUUGGGGACUGAGGACAGAUGGACCAUGGACGCGGAAGCAGAUCAUUCGGGAGGUUCAGACGGGAACAGCAUGGAUUCGGUGGAUGGCUGCUGUGGCCUCCGGAAGCCCGAUGGUUUCCAGAAUGCCCAGGCAGGCUCCAACCCCAAGAAGGUCGACCUCAUCAUCUGGGAGAUUGAAGUGCCAAAGCACCUAGUUGGUCGGCUGAUUGGCAAGCAGGGACGGUACGUGAGUUUUCUGAAGCAGACAUCUGGUGCCAAGAUCUACAUCUCCACCCUGCCUUACACCCAGAACGUCCAGAUCUGCCACAUAGAAGGCUCUCAGCAUCAUGUAGACAAGGCGCUGAACUUGAUUGGGAAGAAGUUCAAGGAACUGAACCUCACCAACAUCUACGCUCCCCCACUGCCUUCGCUGGCACUGCCUUCUCUUCCAAUGACUUCCUGGCUCAUGCUCCCAGAUGGCAUCACUGUGGAGGUGAUCGUGGUCAACCAGGUCAACGCCGGGCACCUGUUCGUGCAGCAGCACACGCACCCGACCUUCCAUGCGCUGCGCAGCCUGGACCAGCAGAUGUACCUCUGCUAUUCUCAGCCAGGAAUCCCCACUCUGCCCACCCCAGUGGAAAUAACGGUCAUCUGCGCUGCCCCUGGCGUGGACGGUGCCUGGUGGCGAGCCCAAGUGGUGGCCUCCUACGAGGAGACCAAUGAAGUCGAGAUUCGCUACGUUGACUACGGGGGAUACAAGAGAGUGAAGGUCGACGUGCUCCGGCAGAUCCGGUCUGACUUUGUGACCCUGCCGUUCCAGGGAGCAGAGGUCCUUCUUGACAGUGUGAUGCCCCUGUCAGAUGAUGACCACUUCUCACCUGAAGCGGACGCGGCGAUGAGCGAGAUGACAGGAAACACCGCGCUGCUGGCCCAGGUGACGAGUUACAGUCCAACUGGCCUUCCUCUGAUUCAGCUAUGGAGUGUGAUUGGAGAUGAGGUGGUGUUGAUAAACAGGUCGCUGGUGGAGCGAGGACUCGCUCAGUGGGUGGACAGCUACUACUCAAGCCUCUGACCGUCCCCACGUCACUUCUGAAGUCUUUUUUGCACUGUUGAAGUUGGGCUUGGCACUCAAGGCAGGCUUUACAUCAGAAUUACAAACAUUGUCCUCCCCCAGAAAGUCCUUUCUUUUCCAUACUGUAGUCAUGUCAGGAUGUUUCAUCUCCGAGACAAGGAAGGAACCGUGGGUUCUUUUCAAAGCUAUAGGAUGGUGUGAAACAAGCCAGUUGCUUAACCUGGUUCCAGGCUGUUUAGAAGGAAAAAAAAAAUAGAAGAAAAACUGUCAACACUAAGGUGUCCUGUUCCCCACCCCACCCCUCCCUUCUUCCUGCUUCCUUCCUACUUCACCCAAACCCGAACCCGAACCCGAACCACCGGAGCAGAUGGGCCAAGGGACGUGUGUGUCGUUCGCUUUGGGGAGGAUUUCUUUUACUUUCAGAAUCUUUCUUCAGGGAGCAAGACAUGAACUGACUUAAUUGGUAUCGAUCCCUUGUACAGCUUACGACUGAAUUUAUGACCUUUAACCUUUUUUUGUAAACUCCAUCUAGGUCUCCUGAAGGCAGACUUUUUAAUGCAGAUGUAAAUACAAAGCAGUCAUACCUCUGGCCUCGGGCAGUGGGGGAGGGGAACUGUCAUCUUGCCAAGCCUGGUUGUAAUUUGUAACCAUUUUCUAUUUGUGCAAACUCUGUAAAUAUGUUUAAAGAAUGUAAUAUUUUGUACAAGAUACACUGGAGAACAAAGGGAACUCAUGAAUUUUCCAUAUCCCAUGUCACCUUGAGCCGAAGUUACUCCUGCAGGGGACUGCUGCCCGGCCCAGCUCCUGGGCUGCGGGCUCCCGCAGCCUCCUGCGGACGGACAGGGUGACUGGACGGUAUAGUUUAUGAUCCGGGGAUUUUUUUUUUCUGUACAAAUUUGUUUAAAAAAAAAGCAGCUCAUUGAAUUACCUUGCAGUGGUGUGUGUUUGAUUAUUUUUUAGACUGAGUUCAUUCAGCAUUGUGCAAUUUAAGUAACUUAAACUCAUAAACUUACAUAAAUCUCGAAUUGUAUACACCA